UUUUAUUAGAUAAGGUCAACAAACCGGAACGUUCGUAUUUUUCAGAACAUUACAAUCGUCCUAGCAUACCUAAACGAGUGGAAUCUCUGACUGUUAGAGAAUACACGGUACAGUUGAUCCAUGUUUUCAUCAAUACGAAAAUCCCUUCUUCGACUCAACGUUCAAGCGGUGCGGAUAUCGGCAAAAAAUAGCCUACGAGGAAUGGCGCUAGAGUCCAGCCGGGUGCCCCGUAUUGCCGUGGCACAGAUGCGAGCCACCAACGAUAAGCAACACAAUCUGAUGCAAGUGCAAACUAUAGUGGAGCGUGCCAAAGCGAAAGAUGUUCAGUUUAUAUUUUUUCCAGAAUGCUGCGAUUACGUUGGAACACACCGCGCGGAAACGUUGCAGCUAUCCGAACCUUUAACUGGUUCAACGGUGCAGCAAUACAAACAGUUGGCACAAGAGAACAAUAUCUGGUUAUCGUUUGGUGGGAUCCACGAGAGCAUAAUUGACUCAGCGGAUCCGCAGGGAAAGGUUGAAAAUAUUUUCAACACUCAUAUAGUCAUCAACAACGACGGAGUGCUAGUCGCAAGCUACCGGAAGUUGCACUUGUUCAAUGUGGUCACACCGGAAUUUAAAUUCCGCGAAUCGGAAACAGUUAAAGGCGGUCCUGAGCUUGUGCCGCCUGUUGAAUCUCCUGUCGGAAGGAUAGGACUGCAAAUUUGUUACGAUAUGCGGUUUGCCGAGGCGAGCACGAUCCUCCGGAAGCAGGGAGCGGAAAUAUUGACCUAUCCUUCCGCUUUCGCCGUUUCUACGGGUCGUGCACACUGGGAGGUACUUCUGCGCGCUCGGGCAAUCGAAAAUCAGUGCUUCGUCGUGGCCGCUGCUCAGAUCGGAUUCCACAACAAGAAACGCGAAAGCUACGGUCACGCUAUGGUGGUUAACCCGUGGGGAGAAAUCCUGGCGGAAGCGGGGGAUCACCUAGAUGUUGUCGUCGCAGAGCUAGAUUUUAACAAACUACGCAGUGUGCGCUCGAAUAUGCCCUGUUUCGAUCAUCGCAGAGAUGACGUGUACAACCUUUCCAUCCUCAAGCACCUUUCUCUAAAGAGCGGGGCGUCGACAAAAGAGGAAUUUAAGUUUGGCAAAAUCCCGAUACACCCUGAGACGAUAUUUUAUGUGUCUGAACAUUGUUUCGCCUUCACAAACAUUCGCUGUGUGGUUCCAGGACAUGUGUUGGUAACGACGAGAAGGCCAGCCGCUCGGCUGCCGGAUCUUACUCCGCCAGAAAUUAGUGACUUUUUUCAAGUGGUAUGCAAGGUGCAGAAAGUAGCGGAACGUUUAUACGAUGCCACCUCCUCCACUGUUACCGUGCAAGAUGGACCGGAAGCAGGGCAAACCGUGUUCCACGUACACUGCCAUGUAAUGCCACGGCAUGUCGGCGAUUUUCCGGAAAACGAUCAAAUCUACGGCGAACUGAAUCGGCACGAUAAGGAGCCAGAACGCCCGAAGCGGACGAUUGAGGAAAUGAUUGCCGAAGCGAAACUAUUAUCCGAUGAGCUUUCCCGAAUGGGACUAUAGGGGGCCCGUUUUAGUUAU